ACGAACAAAAGAACUUGUACAAAUAUUUCCUGUGCGUCGUCGAUCGUCAGAAGUAUGGGUGCAUCAUUUUUGUUUAUCUCAUUUUUAACAUAUUGUUUCAUAUCUACAUGCUUCCAACAGAAAAUUUUGUUUACAACAAAAUUCACCAUUAUGGAGCUUGAUCUUAGAACCAGGAACUCAAAACUACUUAUUCGACAAAAUGCUGAAAUGUUUUCCAUGGAUUAUGAUUACAACAAUAAGUUUAUUUACUUUCCAAGAUAUCAUGAACAUGAUAUCAUGCGAUUUAACUAUCCCUCAAUAAAUAUAACAUUGGAAACUGUUCUAAAGACUGGCACAAAUCCAGCUGGGCUAGCAAUUGAUUCCAAGUUUGACCAUAUUUAUUGGACAGAAAUUGGGACUAGUAGUAUUGUCAGGUGCAAUCUAAAUGGAACAUAUAAAUAUACGUUUCCAGAGACUAUAAGAAGUCCUUUCGUUAUUCAAUUGGAUCUAGCUAACAGGCUGAUAUACUACGUUGAACGAUAUGAUAGAAUAAUAAAAUCAUCAUUCAACUUAUCUGAAAAAAAAGUAAUAGUACCCUUAGGAAAUGUGCGUGUUGACUGUAUGGAUUUAGAUAUUGAUGAGGAAAGAUUAUACUGGAUAACUUACAACGAAGGAGAACUGAAAUCGGCAAGUAGUAAAGGAAAUGAUGUUCAACCGGUCAUUUCAACUAACUCAAAAUUUAACAACUAUGCUCUCCGUGUUUACGGUAGCUACAUCAUCUACGGCAGUAACACAACAUUAAUGGAGGUGAAUAAAAAACAAGGAUCUAUACCAACUGAACUAUACAACGACGUAAGCGCGAUCAACAGUAUAUACGUAGGUAAGAAAAGUUUAGUGUUUAUUUGAUAGUGUUUAAUGCCAUUUUCAACAAUUUUCGGAUAAUCAUGGCCUUUGUUGUAAAGGAUGGGGGAAAACAAGGAUAUCAAAAGAAACAACGACCGUCGUCAGAAAAAUUGGCUAUUCUUGUCAGUUAAGGUAUAAAUCGACCACGCCUCGCCACAAGUGGGAUUGGAAAUCAUUACUUCAUUUUUACAAGGUAGUUGUCAUUUCAGAAUAACUUUACUCUUAUUUACAAUGUUAUAGAAAAGAGAAAGAAACGGGUAAUGUGUCAAAGAGACAUCAACCCGACAAAAGAGCAGAAAACCGCAGAAUGCCACCAAUAAGUCUUCAACGCAGGGAAAAAUAUCCCGCACUUGGGGGCGGCUUCAGCUGGCCCCUCAACAAUAUUCAUUUAUACUAGUUCAGCUAAAUGGACGCUAUUAAGUAUUUUUUAACGUGUUUUUGACAAAUUCUAU